UCACCUGUGGAUUUACGCCGUCAGGAUGCCUUAUGUGACCAAACCUCUGAUUUUACUUCUGUGUCUGCUCGUUAGCGGGGAGUGUAGGAAGCACGGACACCGGGUGAAGAGAUGGACCGGGACUGUGGAGACCCAAAAGCACGGCACCUCGUUGGCAAAGAAGCCUCCAGAUGUGACCAAGUCUCGCAAAAUGAAGACGGAGCACCUGCUCAAAGUAGACGAUCAUGACUUCACCAUGAGGCCAGCGUUUGGAGGUCCUGCGAUCCCCGUAGGAGUGGACGUUCAGGUGGAGAGCUUGGACAGUAUUUCUGAGGUUGAUAUGGACUUCACCAUGACUCUGUACCUGCGGCACUACUGGAAGGACGAGCGCCUGUCAUUCAGCAGCAGCACCAACAAGAGCAUGACGUUCGAUGGACGCCUGGUGAAGAAGAUCUGGGUCCCCGAUGUCUUCUUUGUCCACUCCAAGAGGUCGUUCAUCCACGACACCACCACCGACAACAUCAUGCUGCGCGUGUUUCCCGACGGACACGUCCUCUACAGUCUCAGAGUGACGGUGACGGCCGCCUGUAACAUGGACUUCAGCCGCUUCCCUCUGGACUCUCAAACCUGCUCGCUGGAGCUGGAGAGCUACGCCUACACUGAUGAGGACCUGAUGCUGUACUGGAAGAGUGGAGACGAGUCCCUCAGCACCGACGAUCGCAUCUCUUUAUCGCAGUUUCUCAUCCAGAAGUUCCACACGACGUCUCGUCUGGCGUUCUACAGCAGCACAGGCUGGUACAAUCGUCUCUACAUCAACUUCACGUUGCGACGCCACAUCUUCUUCUUCUUGCUGCAGACUUAUUUCCCCGCCACGCUCAUGGUGAUGCUUUCCUGGGUAUCGUUCUGGAUCGACCGACGAGCGGUGCCGGCCAGAGUCUCCCUGGGCAUCACCACCGUGCUGACCAUGUCCACCAUCAUAACCGGAGUGAACGCGUCCAUGCCUCGGGUGUCUUACAUCAAAGCCGUGGACAUUUACCUAUGGGUCAGCUUCGUCUUUGUCUUCUUGUCUGUGUUGGAGUAUGCCGCUGUGAACUACCUGUCCACCGUGCAGGACCGGCGGGAGCGAAAGCUGAGAGAGCGGGCAAGAUCGCAGUCCCUGCCCUGCACCUGUGGUAUGUCCCAAACGAGAACCAUGACCAUGUUGGAUGGUACAUACAGCGAGGCCGACACCAACAGCCUGGCAGGAUACACCCAGGAGCCGCUGCCCGAGGAGGAGCAGGAGGAGCUCCACGAGGUUCCUGAGAAACCUGAACACAUGGUGGUCCACUUGUCAGUGAGCAGUGAGUCCACCAACACCAAGAAGAAGAAGAGCAUUCGUGCCCUCAACAUCAUCCAGAACACACACGCUAUUGACAAAUACUCUCGGAUGUUUUUUCCUGGUUCGUACAUCUUCUUCAACCUGAUCUACUGGUCGGUCUACUGCUGAAGACAAACGGCGUCAGGACUGUGGCCAGAGAGAUUAAUACUCUGUCUGUUUUUAUGCUGCAUCAUUGCGGGACACUUCUGGACUUAUAAAGAGCGUGCUGUGUGUCUAGAGACGAUAUAUCAUUGGGUUUAAGACCUUGGACAGAAAAGCUCUGCAAGGAUUCAGCUCUGAGACUUUCAGGAUUUAUAGGAGCUCUUUUGUUUUUUCCUCAUGCAGCACUUUGAAUGUUCCUUAGCGUACCUAAUUCAAACUCAACAGAAUUCACUUGAAAGGUUUAUUUCAACUACUGAGGCUUGUUAUCUCAGUGUUUUAUGGCUUCACCCACUGCUGCUGGAAAGCUAUUUUUUCUUGAAACGAACAGUUUGGAGGGAAACAACGAUUUCUUGAUAUUGGAAUCAAAACACUGUUAACUAAGGAUAAGGUUUGCUUAGAGUGCAUUUUUCUGUGAGCUACUAAGUUGGCCUGUCUUUAAAUUUAUUGUAGUAAAAGUACAGAUUAGUAUCACCAUCAGUCUAAGCCUAAUUAUCUACCAUAAUUUAUAAAUAGUGAUCAUUUAAUUUGCUUAAUCUAAAGAUUAUAUCAUGGACCAUAUUUUAUGAGACCAAAUUUCAUGGUUUAAGCUGUGUUCAGACCAAAGCCAAGAAGAUGUUUGUAUUGCAUUAUCAGCAUGAAUAUGACAACAGAUUAAUUAUUUGGUUAAGUCCAACGCAACACCCAGAAUUUUUGGCUUUCAAGAUGCUAUAAAAAUCCCAACUGUGUCAAAACCAGGCUGCAGCCGUUGGUGUUGAAAGAUGAAGCCGUUGUGGAAGUGCAAAAAACUGCAGUACCUCAAGCGUCCUCAGCACCUCAGGCUGGCUGCAAAAGCCAAAGAAUACUCAUUAGGUCCCGU